AUGCGCCGUACUGAUAUGGCCUUUUCAAACACUAUGGCGAGCAAUAUGCUUCAUAUUGAGUCUGAAGAUAUUCCCAUUAAUGUGGCAUCCACCCAACCCGUCUUCCAACCAACAAUUUGGAAAAGCAGCACCCCACUAGGGGAAAUCGACUUUCUAGGCCACAAAUCGAACGCGACGUAUUUAACUGAUUUCGACUCGGCGCGUGUUUACCACUUAUCCUCUCUCUUCCGGCUGGGAUAUGAUAAGUGGAAGAAAGAGCAGGAUGGUGUUUUCCCUGUUCUUCCUGUUCUUGCUGGUGUUGAGUGUUCUUUUAAAAGACCUAUAAAGCCUGGGCAGCGGUAUGAUAUCGUUACGAGGAUCAUUGGAUGGGAUUUGAAGUGGUGUUUUGUUGUUUCGUAUUUUGUUAAGGAGGGGGUGUUCCAGCCGGGGUAUUUUUCGGAUUCGAAGAAGAGGGCAAAGGAGAGAGUUAUGGGUGAGAAUGGAGAGGAAGGGGAUUUGGAGAAGGGUCGUUGUGGUGAAAAGCAUGGGGAUGGCAAAGAUGUUGUUUUGGCGGUUGUUAUGGGGAGGAUGGUUUUUAAGAAUGGGAGGAAAACCAUCUCGCCGGUCCAGUUUUUGAGUGAUUGUGAGCUUAUCCCUGCUGUCGGGGAAUGUGGUUCUCCUGGGUCGUGCACUGUGGUUAACUCUGUUGGUCAGUCUGGGGCUGAUGAUGGCUCUGGGCCGAGUGUAAAUGCCAUUGAUCAGCAGAUGGUCAUUGCUAAGGCUAUUGAGGAGAAACGGUUGAAAGGGCUAGAGAUUGCGCAGAGUAUCAACUCUUUGGAUGACGGGGUUCCUUUUGAUGCUCAUGAGGAUGUUGCUUUUUCCAAGUUCUAG